UAGUCGACCGUCGCUUAUCGCACGCCGUUAACGAUCGUUCUCCACGUCACCGCAAUGCGGCUGCAAUGACAUCUCGCAUCGUUAUGGGAUCGAUGUUACGCAUUAGCCGGUAGCACGAACCAGCGAUCAACUUGGACGUCCCUGCGAUUCUCGGCAACAGCCACGCUACGUCAGAUCGAUUCUACCGUCCCCCCGAGACCGGCGCAACAUGUGGCGAGUGGUGGUCGCACGUUCCGACGACAACAGCACUUUGCUGUCUUCUGAGAUCACUUCCGGCGCGGUCGCACCCGGUCACCUGUCGACCCUGUCGGCGCCGCCUUCGGGUCAUCAUUGGGGUUAUCCGCCGCCACCGCAUCAUCCGCCGUAUCAGCCACCACCACCGCCGCCGCAGCAUCCGGACAUGCGUCAUCACCAUCACGAUAUGCGUCCACCUGUAUCGCACGAGCUGCGACACGCCGCCGGCGACCUUAGAGGCCCGGAUUUACGACAUCCGGAGAUGCAACGGCAUCAGGAACUGUCCAGGCACGAUAUCGCCAGGCAUCAGGAUGUGCGGCACCAGGACAUGCCGGUUAUGAGGUCGGACAUGCCGGAGAUGCGGUCGAGUCACGAGUUCUUGGAACUGAAAAUUGAGACGGAGUUGGGUAGCCAGGAUAACGCUCAGCAGCAGCAGCAGCAGCAGCAGCAGCAGCAGCAGCAACAGCAGUCGCAGCAACAGACGCAACAGCAAUCGCAGCAGAAUCAGGGACACCAGCAGAGGAACCUGAAGAGAACUAUGAGCGACUCCGACUGCGACGACGUGUUCUCAGAGGAGAGCGGCAAGGAACCAUGCAACUCGCCCGGAGGAGAUUCCUGCCAGCACGCGUCGCGAAAACGCAGGAGGGGGAUGAUCGAGAAAAAGCGUCGCGACAGGAUUAACGCAUCUCUCGGUGAGUUGAGGAGGCUGGUUCCGGCAGCCGCGAGGGACCCUCACAGCGGAAAGCUGGAGAAGGCGGAGAUCCUGCAGCUCACGGUCGAGCAUCUGCGCACACUCCGUAAUAAGGGACCGGAGGGCUACGACAGUACGAAACUAGCCAUGGAUUAUCACGCGGUAGGGUGGGGCGAAUGCGCCGCCGAGGUGGGUCGCUACCUGGUGACCAUGGAAGGCCUGGACGAGAGGGAUCCUCUUCGGCUGCGCCUGCUGUCGCAUUUGCAGAGCUUCCAUCGCGAACAUCCGCCGUCCGCCGUACUACCUUCGGCAGUACCUUCAGCACCCACGACGUUGACAUCUACUUCCACUGCCAGCAGCUACGAGCCGCCGCCAUCAAGCACAGUCUCCGCCGGAAUGCCGCCUGGUGCGGGAUCCAUGCCACCGCUUCUGGGCGGCGGUACUCUCGGUUGGAGCCAAUAUCCUGGUCAGUAUCCCCAGCAGCAGCACGGAAAACCUUAUCGACCUUGGGGUGCGGAAUUGGCGUACUGACCUUAAACUCUCGCACAAUUCAUCACGAUUGUAUGCCGUGGAGCAGACAUCAGAUUUUAACGCGCAAUUUUAGGAUUUUUUUCCUUGUGUAAAAUAUAUAGAGAGUACUAUAGUCGAAUUUUAUCCAUCAUACAAUAUUUCAAUCUUCUGCAAAUAUUCUUA